AUGGCGGCCACUUCGCCCGACAUGUACGACGACAACAGCGAGGGCGAGCAUUGGGAGUCGGAUAUCAAGCAUGAGUCACAGACGUCUCCCGCAGGGCCCUCUGGCUCGCUGGCUCAGACUCAGUCGAAAUCGCAGCUGCCCAUGCAGAAACGCCGAAGGGUGACCCGAGCAUGCGACGAAUGUCGAAGGAAGAAGAUCAAAUGCGACGGCAAGCAGCCUUGCACUCACUGUACAGUCUAUAGCUAUGAAUGCACCUACGACCAGCCUUCUAAUCGCCGUCGCAACCCCGCUCCCCAAUACAUCGAGGGUCUAGAGCAUCGAGUACACCGCGCCGAGACGCUGCUACGAAUGCUCAUGCCCGACCUCAACCUGAACGACCCUAGCAUUGAUGUCGCCGUUGCACAAGGCUAUAUCCCUGGUUUCUCUAACAAGCCUGUCAGCAACGGUAGCCCCGCUACACAAUCUGCUGCCCCUGCACCUCCGACCCUUACGUCUGCCCCAAACACAGACCAGAAAGACACCAACCUGGAAUCUAUGGUCCGCGCUAUUGGCCAGCUUGAACUCGAUGAGCAAGGAAACUGGGACUACCAUGGUCAUUCUUCUGGUCUGAGUUUUGUGCGGCGCAUGCGAGAACAGCUAGGUGAUCUUCUUGGUCCCGACGCCAAGACUACUCCCUUCGUCAAGUCCAGACCCAUGUCACAGGUCUUUGAUUCUCCAAGAUCACUGAAUCCAGAUUCGCCUGGUAUGGCCUUGGAGGGCGCAGUUCCUGGCACUGAUCUACCAUCCAGAGCCGUCGCUCGAGACUUGUGCGAAACCGCCAUCACUGAUGCUUCUGUUCUCAUGAGAGCCAUUCAUGUUCCCACCUUUUGGGCGUCCUUCGAUCGUAUGUACACUACGCCAUACGAGGACUACACGAACCAGGAUCACAAGUUCCUUCCACUCUUGUACAGUACCAUCUUCAAAUACUUCAGAACAGCACGUCAGUUGCUGGACAUAGCAGACGCUCGCGAUUUGACCUCCAUCCAAGCAGUCCUUUAUAUGAUCUCGUUCCUACAAUGCUCGGCCAAACUGUCACAAUGCUACGCAUAUGUAGGUGUGGCAUUGCGCUCCGCUCUACGCAUGGGCCUGCACAGAAAUAAUGCUUCAUUUAGCCGUACUUUCAAUCCCAUCGAAGCCGAGACCAGGAAGCGUGUCUUCUGGACCAUCCGCAAAAUGGAUAUCUAUGUUGGCGCAAUGUUGGGUUUGCCGCAAACACUCAGCGAAGAAGAUAUUGAUCAAGAGUAUCCUCUCGAGAUUGACGAUGAAUACAUUACAGAAGAGGGCAUUCUUCCCAUGCCCGAAGGCACUACUCCGCUAACAACAGUCUUCAAUGCACACAGUCGACUGGUGGAAUUACUAAUCAAGAUCGUGAGGAACGUGUACCCAAUCAGAGCAAAGAAUGUUCAGAGUAAUAUGGACCGCUCUUACACUGUACCCUUCUCCGUCAUUCGCGACAUCGAGAAGGAUUUGGAAACAUGGAAGAGCAAUCUGCCUGCAGGGCUGGACCCAUGCAAUAACUCGAACCCCAAGCUUACAAGAGCCCAACAGCUACUCCGCAUCGCCUACGCUCAUGCUCAAGCACUGCUCUACAGACCGUUCCUUCAUUUCGUUGCGACCGACAAGAGAUCGCGUAACAUUGAUCAACGUGCCUAUACUUGCGCGGCCUCAUAUGUCAACCUCUCACGUAACCACAUUCAUCUAUGUAAUCCGCAAAACAUCACAACCGAAGCCGUUCUCAAAGAUGCUAUCCAGGGCAAAGAGGUGUUGGCUUCCUUGGCCAAACGCAGCAUGGCAGCAGAUCGAUGCGCUACCACGUUGGAUGGCAUUUUCAAAGCACUUCCAGCUUGGGCACGUGAAGGCCGUCCGAACCCUGUUCCGUCUCGUAAACGCCGCCAAAGUUCGAACCAAGGUCCGCCACAGGGGACGCGAAGCCAUCCCGACAUUUCAGUCACCGCCAAAGAACCGCCGCUGCCCCAGCCAGGCUCUGUACAGCGAGCCAGCACUUUCCCAAACCAAAACGCGAAUAUCCCGACUGCAUCGGCUUAUGAUCAACGAAUGUCUUUCCCUACACCCUCGAUGAGCUCAGGCAGUGGAUCGUACACACCUGCCAGCCCAAACUUCAACCAACAAUCUUUGGUCUCUGGAGCAAUGGAAAAUGGCAGUCCUUCGAAUGGCAUGCUUCCGUAUAAUCUCCCAUUGGACAUGACAAACCCCAAUCUACCAGACCUGUCGGCAAUGAUGUUCCCAUCCGCAGAGCCUUUUACAUACCCUAAUCAGCCACUGACGACGUUUGAGAACAACCAAUUUGCAAAAGACCCCAACUUGUUCAACAGCUUCAACGAUUCGAAGCUACCAGCAAUGAUGGCAGGGCAGAGUUCUGCACCAGAAGCCGACAACCUUGAAGCGCAAUUCUAUCCCUUGCCUCCAUACAUUAUGCAGCAGCAGCAGCAACAACAACAACAACAACAGCAGCAGCAGCGGCAACAGCAGCAAGGCAGAUGGGAUAUGGGCAUGAUGCAACAGCAGCAGCAACAGGCGCAGAUGGCAAACAUGCGCCAAGUGUCUAGCGGAUGGCCCGGACAGCAACAAGGCAUGGCUCAAGGGACAGGAUUUCCCAACAUCAACCUGAACGACAUGUUUGGCGGCGAGAAUGACAUAUUUGGUGGCGGAAUGCUUAUGGAUCAAGGAUUCAGGAGCACAGGGAUUUAA